CAGGACAGGAGCUAGAGUUUAUGCAAUCAAUGGAAGAAACAGGCAGCAGUUACUUCCAACUGAUGUAGCACACCGUUUCAGGGUUGAAGGCUUUUUGCCCACCGUGGCAAGCACUAGAGUCUCCUCGGCUGCCUCUUCACAAAAGAGGUACCACCUCCUUACUGGGCACCGCCAGGAGGGGCAGAAAAAGGAGGCAGCAGCAGUGGAUGAGGGAGCAGGCCCUGUCAUUUCUUCUUAAGGGAACUGACCACCUCCCCACUCAGCCAGAGGCAGUCGUCCAUUUCAUCCACCAGGUGACAGUGAAGCACGUGACCACAUCAGGGCAAUCAGACCUAAAGACCCGACUCCGGGACAUCUGUUGCAGCAGCUGGGAGCCAUUCUUUCUCUUCCACUGCCAAUGACGCAGCUUAAAGCUGCUCCUUCUAUCAUGUGGAAACUAAAUUUAGCGCCAACCCAGAGGAAGCUGAGCUAAGAGGAUGGUCCAGAUGGAUCCCCCAAGCCCUGAACCCCGCUGUGCCUCCAACUCCACACUGUAAAGUUCCAUGAGGAACAGCUUCUCUCCUUUACUUAAGAAAAAUUAAUUAUUUUGAGUUGAAUUUCUGCCACUUGAUUCCAAAGGAGCAUUUCAAGAGGAGCCACAGAGGGUGGGUGUUACGGACUGAAUUGUGUCCCCAUAAAAUUCAUAUGUUGAAGCUAAACCCUAAGCCCCCCGUACUUCCAGAAUGUAUUUGGGAGAAGGGCCUUUAGACAUAAUGAAUAUUUAAAAAAUGAGGCCAUGAGUGUGGACCCUAAUGCAAUCUGCUCAGUGUCCUUAAGAAGAGGAGAUUAGGAACAGACAACACCCAGACGGAGAGACACCGAUGUGAGGACACAAUGAGAAGGCAGCCACCUGCAAGCCAACAAGAGAGUUGUGGGGACAAGAGUGACUUCAUGGGGUGGAGUCUUCAGAUCUUCAGACGGCUGGUGCACCGAUCCUCGAACAUCCUCCUGCUUCAAUCAUGGCUUGUGGUCUGGUUGCCAGCAACCUGAAUCUCAAACCUGGGGAGUGCCUCAGAGUACGGGGCGAGGUGGCCCCCGACACCAAGAGCUUUGUGCUGAACCUGGGCAAAGACAGCAACAACCUGUGCCUGCAUUUCAACCCCCGCUUUGAUGCCCACGGGGAUGCCAAUACUAUCGUGUGCAACAGCAAAGACGGCGGGGCCUGGGGAGCUGGGCAGCGGGAGGCUGCCUUUCCCUUCCAGCCUGGAAGUGUCGUGGAGGUGUGCAUCAACUUUGACCAGGCAGACCUGACCGUCAAGCUGCCAGAUGGUUACACUUUCAAGUUCCCUAACCGCUUCAACCUGGAGGCCAUCAACUACAUGGCAGCUGAUGGUGACUUCAAGAUCAAGUGUGUGGCCUUUGAUUGAAGUCAGCUGGCCUGUGACCCCCAAUAAAGGCAGCUGCCUCUGCUCUUCCUGAAAAAAAAAAAAAAAAGAGUGACUUCAUAUUUAAAUGCUAACCUGCCUAACCCUAAGUCCAGGAAUACCUCCAAAACGUAUGACUCUUUCUGUAGGAAAACCUGCUCGCCCUAAGCUUCAUCUUUCCUCCAAAACCAACCUUGAUAGUGCUGCGCUGUCAUGUCAGCAGCAUUCUCUCAGCCACCUACACAUUCUCCCCAAAGCACAUGUACUUUUCCACCAGAUACAAGACCUGGGUCUGGGAGAUCGCGGUGCAGAGAUCUACUUGUCGUAAGGCCCCCCAACACCGUGCUUCUGUCCUGAAUUCCCCCUGAUAAUCAUCCUAUCCUGACGAACCGGACUUGUCUGCCUCCUCCUAAGUUUUCUCCACUCCUCCAGCAUCUGGGGUUGCUUUGCAUAUCCAGGCCUUUCGCAGAACAGAGGCCUCAGAAGAAACCAAAGCUGCCAGCACCUCGGAUAUCCACUUGCCAGAACUGUGUUUCAGCCACUCAGACUGUGUGGGUCUGUGAUAUUCUAUGGCAAAAGUUCAAGCAGACUAACACGGGGGUGCAGGGAGGGCAGGUUUUCUAUGAGAAAGAUGGGGUGACUGAAUAGGGUGAGGAUAUGAAAGAGGUGAGUCAGGUGGAGAAAGCCAUGGUAGUCAUUGAUGGGAAGAGGUGAAGCCUGAGCUAAGGAGGAGGCAGAAUGAUCAAGAGACACAGGGCCGGGCGCGAUGGUUCACAUGUGUAAUCCCAGCACUCAGGAGUCCAGCCAGAGCAAGAGCCAGACCCCAUAUCUACUAAAGAUAGAAAAAUUAGCCAGUAUGGUGGUGGGCACCUGUAGUCCCAGCUACUCA